AUGUCGCUCCCCGCCGGCAUCACCCUCGCCCAGCACGUCCCCCCGGGCGCCGAGCAUAUCCUCACCCACGACGCUCUCCAGUUCCUCGCCGUCCUCCAUAGAACCUUCAAUACCACUAGGCUCCAGCUCCUGGCCAACCGCGAGAGCAUCCAGAAAGACCUCGAUGCUGGCAAACCUUUGACCUUCUUGCCCGAGACGAGGGAGGUGAGGGAGAAUACUGCCUGGGCAUGUGCGCCCCCCGCCCCAGGACUCGAAGACCGCCGGCAAAUCACCGGUCCCACCGACCGCAAGAUGGUCGUGAAUGCUCUGAACAGUGGUUCCAAGACGUUCAUGGCCGAUUUCGAAGACUCGAAUUCGCCUACUUGGUCUAAUAUGGUGCUUGGGCAGGUCAACCUGUACGACGCUAUUCGACGACAGAUUGAUUUCGAGCAGAACGGCAAGCCUUACAAGCUAUCUGAAAACCCCGCUGUUCUCAUCGUCCGACCCCGAGGCUGGCACCUCCCCGAGCCCCGUCUCCUCAUCGACGGCACCCCCAUCUCUGGCUCCCUCUUCGACUUUGGCCUCUACUUUUACCACAACGCCGCCGAACUCGUCUCGCGCGGGUUCGGGCCGUACUUUUACUUGCCCAAGAUGGAGCACCACCUCGAAGCACGGCUCUGGAACGAUGUCAUUUCGUUUGCGGAGAGCCAGGUGGGGGGAGGCAAGGUGGGGGGAAAGACGAGGGCGACGGUGUUGAUUGAGACGUUGCCGGCGGCUUUCCAGAUGGAAGAGAUCCUUUACGAGUUGAAGGAACACUCUUCUGGGCUGAACUGUGGGCGAUGGGAUUAUAUUUUCUCUUUUAUCAAGAAGCAGAGAGCGCACAAGGGCGCCGUCUUCCCGGACCGAUCGGACAUCACCAUGACCGUCCCAUUCAUGGACGCCUACGUCCGUCUCCUCAUCCAGACCUGCCACAAGCGCAAGGUCGCAGCGAUGGGAGGCAUGUCCGCCCAGAUCCCCAUCAAGAACGACCCCGCGGCCAACGACGCCGCCCUCGCCAAAGUCCGCGCCGACAAGCUGCGCGAAGUCACAGCAGGGCACGACGGCACGUGGGUCGCCCACCCCGCGCUCGUCCCCAUCGCCCUCGACAUCUUCGACGCCCACAUGCCCUCGCCCAACCAGCUCCACGUCCUUCGCCAAGACGUCAGGGUUACAGACAAGGAGCUCCAGGACCCGAGUGUGCCUGGGAAGGUGACGGAUAAGGGGGUGGGGGAUAAUGUGGAGGCUGCGUUGAGUUACUGUGCGGCGUGGGUUGGGGGGAAUGGGUGUGUGCCGAUUAAUUGGUUGAUGGAGGAUGCUGCGACGGCGGAGAUUGCGAGGGUGCAGCUUUGGCAGUGGGUCAAGUAUGGCGCUGAGACUGCCGAAGGCACCAAAAUCACCCCCGCCCAUAUCCAAUCCCUCCUCUCCACCUCCUCCGCCACAGUCUCCAAACUCCCCGGUAUCGACCCGCUCCACGUAAAGGUGGCGGCGGCGUAUAUGGCGGGGCAGAUCAAGCAGGAGUGGCCGAGCGAUUUUUUGACGGGGGAUUUGAUGGGGGUGCUUGAUGGGGAGGAGUUGGGUGCGGGGGAGGGUGGGGGUGGGGGUGCGAAACUUUGA